UGAACGCCUCAUUUUACACAAGCAUCAAGCAGUGUGGGAGACAGAGGCGCAGCUUAUAAAAUCUCAGCAUUGUGAAGCCUACAGUAAGCUUGCUUGCACCAUGGAGCAAACCCAAACCAUAAACUUUGGAGCUGGACCGGCAAAACUACCGCAGUCUGUGCUGCUUCAAGCUCAGAAGGAGCUUCUCAGCUUCAACGGCCUUGGGAUCAGCGUUCUUGAGAUGAGCCAUCGAUCAGCAGACUUCAACAAAAUCAUCAACAAGUCAGAAAGCCUGCUGAGAGAGCUGCUAGAUAUCCCAAACAACUACAAGGUGUUGUUUCUGCAGGGUGGCGGCUCCGGACAGUUCAGCGCCGUCCCCCUCAACCUGAUCGGCCUCAAAGAGGAUAGGUGCGCCGACUACCUGGUUACUGGCACGUGGUCGGCUAAAGCCGCUAAAGAAGCAGAGAAAUAUGGAAAAGUCAACGUUGUUCACCCAAAGCUGGACAGCUUUACAAAAAUUCCUGACCCCAGCAGUUGGACCCUGAACCCCUCAGCCUCCUAUGUGUACUACUGCUGCAACGAGACGGUCCACGGGGUGGAGUUCAACUUCACACCUGAAACCAAAGAUGUGGUCCUCGUCAGCGACAUGUCCUCCAACUUCCUGUCACGGCCAGUAGAUGUAUCAAAGUUUGGGCUCAUUUACGCCGGGGCUCAGAAGAAUGUUGGUUGCGCUGGGGUUACAGUAGUCAUCGUACGAGAUGAUCUGUUGGGCCACGCUCUGAAGGAGUGUCCCAUUGUGUUGGACUACAAGGUGCAAGCUGAAAUGAAGUCCCUCUACAACACUCCUCCAUGUUUUAGCAUCUACAUCAUGGGUCUGGUUCUGGAGUGGAUCAAGAACAAUGGCGGCAGUGCUGCCAUGGAGAAGCUCAACAAGCAGAAAUCCUCCAUGAUUUAUGACAUCAUCAACUCUUCGAAUGGUUUUUAUGUGUGCCCUGUGGAUGCUGCUUGUCGAAGCCGCAUGAACGUGCCUUUUCGUGUGGGGAAGAAAGAAGGAGACGAUGCCUUGGAAAAGAAAUUUCUGGAGGGUGCAUCAAAGCGGGGAAUGAUUUCACUGAAAGGACACAGAUCGGUGGGAGGGAUGCGUGCUUCCUUGUACAACGCUGUAACUCUGGAGGACACUGCAGCCCUUGCAGACUAUAUGAGAGGUUUCCUCAAGGAGCACCAGUUAAACAACUGCACCUAAAAACAGUAGAUAUCACUCUGUAGCUGGAAAAAAAAUUAACAAAUAUUCAAAUUGAAUGUGACUGAAACGGUCAAUAAAUCUUUUACUAAUAGACUAAACCCACUAAUGCCAAACAAGUCUUAUUUACAUCUAUAUUUUAUGUUGAAGUAAAGUAUUCUCUAUUUUUUUUGUUUUAUGUACCAUCUUGAGUAAUUCCCUGUAUCCUGUAUCAAAUUCCCUUUUAUUUUAUACAUUUAAGACUAAUGUAUAAUUCAUUUGCUUAGUGUUUGUUAAUAAUUGAUGCAGAAUAUUUCCUUUUUUGACAUCUGCUGAGAAGUUGGGAGUUCAAUCUGUUUUCUAUUGUUUGAGUAUAUAAGUCACUUAAAGUAAUGGUGGCUUCUGUUUUGAAUGACAUAACAGUGAGUUAUGCUGUAUGAUUGGAAGAAAUUGUAUUUUCUCACUAUGAUUAGGAAACAAAUGUGCUCUGAUUGUGAAGACUUAAAGUUUAACACACUGUCAUCUUAUGUUGAUAUUGUGGAGAAGUAUUCAGUUAUAUUAAAGCAUACUAAUUAAGCUCAGCAGAUGUAGAGGAUCUUAUAGUAAACUCAUACUGGAUCACUGUUGCAAUCGAUCAACUAUAUAAAUUUAUCUCUGAAAUAAAAUGUUACCACCUAA